CCUCGCCAGCUGCGGGUCCCUGCUGUGCCGACACUGAACAUGGACGUCACCAUCCAGCACCCCUGGUUCAAACGCGCACUGGGGCCCUUCUACCCCAGCCGGCUGUUCGACCAGUUUUUCGGCGAGGGCCUCUUUGAGUAUGACCUGCUGCCCUUCCUGUCCUCCACCAUCAGCCCCUACUACCGCCAGUCCCUCUUCCGCACUGUGCUGGACUCCGGCAUCUCUGAGGUUCGAUCCGACCGGGACAAGUUUGUCAUCUUCCUCGACGUGAAGCACUUCUCUCCGGAAGACCUCACCGUGAAGGUGCAGGAGGACUUUGUGGAGAUCCACGGCAAACACAACGAGAGGCAGGACGACCACGGCUACAUCUCCCGUGAGUUCCCCCGCCGCUACCGCCUGCCUUCCAACGUGGACCAGUCGGCGCUGUCCUGCUCCCUGUCCGCGGACGGCAUGCUGACCUUCUCCGGCCCCAAGGUCCAGUCCGGCCUGGAUGCCGGCCACAGCGAGCGAGCCAUCCCCGUGUCGCGGGAGGAGAAGCCCAGCUCUGCGCCCUCGUCCUAAGCAGGCCCGGCCUCGGCUGCCACCCCCUGCCGCCCCCAGCCGUCACCGGGGCCCACGGAGAAGGCGUGCUGUUCGUCCCCUUCGCUUCCCUCCCUUCGUUUCCUUCGCAUCUUCCCCCGCGGAAUGAGGCUUUGAGAGAGUGGCCGGGAGAGCUCGGGGCCUCGGCCUGCGGCGCCGCGACCUCGGAUCAGCUUCGUCCUCCCGGGAUGUGGGCGGUCUGAGCUCUGCAGAGAGGCCAGAAGGAGGUGACCGCCCCGAGAACGCCCCUCGCCCAGCGCUCGGCUGCGUGCACCUGACACCAAGGGCGGCCUGCGCUCCCGCGCUCUCGGCAGCCGCCUCUCUCAGACCCUCUUCCCCCAACCUUCCUCUACAUAGUACCACUCUUGGGGACAUCUGGUCACCCUUGAGAAUGCAGCCUGUGGCAGUCAAUAAAGAGCAGGUGACACAGCA